CAUUAGAGCCAAGAUGGCGGCGCUUUUCAAAGCACAAAGAGCUCUGGUCAUGGCUGCUGGUCAUGGAGCUCGUUGUUUGACCCAGCUUGCGGAGUUACCAGAAUUGCAUCAAAUGAUGAGACAGACAUGUAGAGACUACGCUCAAAAGGAACUUGCGCCAAUCGCUGCCCAGCUGGAUAAAGAUCACACGUUCCCAGCCAAGCAGGUACGAGAGCUCGGUAUGAUGGGGGUCAUGGCUGUAGAGGUCCCAGAGAGUCUGGGUGGAGCUGGGAUGGAUUAUCUCGCAUACAGUCUUGCCGUGGAAGAGCUCAGCAGAGGAUGUGCCUCCACUGGUGUCAUCGUCAGUGUGAAUAAUUCGCUGUAUCUAGGUCCAGUUAUGAAGUUCGGCACAGAGGAACAGAAAAAGCAAUGGAUUACACCCUUCACCACGGGGGAAAAAGUGGGAUGUUUUGCUCUGAGUGAGCCAGGAAACGGCAGUGAUGCGGGCGCGGCAUCAACAAUAGCGCAGCAGGAGGGAGAUGAGUGGAUUCUGAACGGAACCAAGGCCUGGAUAACCAACUGCUGGGAUGCUUCCGCCACGGUCGUUUUCGCUACAACAGACAAGAGCCUAAAACACAAGGGAAUUAGUGCAUUCCUGGUGCCGAUGCCUCAUCCGGGUUUGUCUUUAGGGAAGAAAGAGGACAAACUGGGAAUUCGGGCUUCAUCCACUGCCAAUAUCAUUUUGGAAGACUGCCGUAUACCAGUCGGCAACAUGCUGGGAAAACGGGGAAUGGGCUUCAAAAUUGCAAUGCAAACUCUGGACAGUGGGCGGAUUGGUAUAGCAGCACAGGCUCUUGGUAUUGCACAGGCGGCGCUGGACUGUGCUGCUGAUUACGCCCAUAAGAGAACAGCUUUUGGCGCUUCGAUUGGGAAACUGCAGGCAAUACAGUUCAAAUUAGCAGACAUGGCUGUAGCUAUAGAGAGUGCUCGGCUUCUCACCUGGAAAGCUGCAAUGCUGCGGGAUGCAAAGAAACCUUUUACUAAGGAAGCUGCCAUGGCAAAACUUGCUGCGUCUGAGGCUGCUACUUUUGUCUCUCACCAGGCCAUCCAGGUGCUGGGCGGAAUGGGUUACGUAACAGACAUGCCUGCUGAGAGACACUAUCGUGACGCCCGCAUCACAGAAAUCUAUGAAGGCACCAGCGAGAUCCAGAGACUAGUCAUCGCUAACAACAUUUUGAAAGAAUAUCAACAGUAGGAGCUGACAGUCAUGUCCACUCACUUUCCAAAACUGCUGUUAUGUCAUUGUGCCUGGAAUCUCUGAUCUGACAGCCACAGACUACCGGAUUAUGAAUGUAUAUUUUGAGGUCUGGCUGAUUGCAUUUUCUUAUUUAUACCACACGAGUGCAGUAGAGUGCCUGAAACCCUCAAGGGUGCCACUGAAAGAAAUCACAAACUUAUAUCUUCCUAAUUUAACUGGGAAUGUAAAUGCAUAUCUGAUUGUUCAUAAACAAUGUGUAUUUGAUAUGCAUUUUUUAAAUAAAUGAUAAUGUAAAAUUGUAUUAUUAAAAAGAAAAUUGUUUUUAGUGUUGUAAAUGUACAGUCAACCGGUCAUUAUUGCGAAUGUUUUAUGAGAGUAAAUGUUUUCAUAAUGACCGGCUGACUUUUAGUUCUCCUGCUUAUUAUACGAUGACCUGACAGAUAAAUAAAUCAACAUAAAAUAUUGA